CAACCGUUGGGCUGUAGGAGUGUGCCCAGAGCUGUGAUCUGCCGCCCAACUCCCAUUACAACCUCAAAAGCCAAUAAUGUUGUGUCAACAAGGCUGAGCGCCAGGACGGCAAGCCAGGCUUUCACAGCUCGGGGUCUAGUGGGGCCGGGUUGGCUGGGCUCCAGAGCUCCGGCACCCUAACCCACCGCCACGUUCUAGGAGGUCUCAGGGUCCCACCCCGGGGCCCUCAGUCUUGGGUGCUCUCUGCUCUCUUCAGCGGCGGCUGCUGGGCCUGUUGGAGUUGUCUUCUCUCUUGACGCUUUCUCCCGUUACCUAGAACUCAACUCGCCCUGAUCUCCUCCCCUGGCCCUGGUGACAGCUGAGUCAGGCAGGCCACUUCCCCUGGGUUCCUGAUGCCUCCCCCGGGGGCUCGGUCUCCCUGAAAGCCCAGCCUCCUCCCGGGGAGGGGCCGGGGCUGGACUCUUGGCCGUUUAUUCCCUUCAUCACAGUCAACAGCUGCGGAGCGGGUUGCGGGCUUGGCUGGUCCUCUACCUGCCAGGAAGUGGAGCUGUGCUGUGGGGGCUGCCUGGCGAGCCUGAGGAGGACGGGCUGCUGCCGCCUCACCUCCUCGGCCUCCAGCCUCCCGCCGCCUCACCUCCUCGGCCUCCUGCCCCAGGCCCCGGGGCGCGCGCCCAGCAUGUCUAUGGCCGUGGAGACCCUCGGCUUCUUCUCGGCAGCGCUGGGCCUGCUGCUGCUCGGCGUGACGCUCUCGAACAGCUACUGGAGGGUGUCCACCGUCCACGGCAACGUCAUCACCACCAACACCAUCUUUGAGAACCUGUGGUACAGCUGUGCCACCGACUCCCUGGGCGUCUCCAACUGCUGGGAGUUCCCGUCCAUGCUGGCCCUGUCCGGGUUCGUCCAGGGCUGCCGCGCCCUCAUGAUCACCGCCAUCCUGCUGGGCUCCCUGGGCCUCCUCCUGGCCAUGCCGGGGCUGCGCUGCACCACCGUGGGCGACAUCGCGGCGCCCAGGAAGGCCAAGCUGCUGGCGGCCGCGGGCGCCUUCCACGCACUUGCCGGGAUCUGCGGGAUGGUGGCCAUCUCCUGGUACGCCGUCAACAUCACCACCGACUUCUUCAACCCCCAGUAUGUGGGGACCAAGUACGAGCUGGGGCCAGCGCUGUACCUGGGCUGGAGCGCCUCCCUGCUGGCCCUCCUGGGCAGCGUCUGCCUCUUCUCCACCUGCUGCUGUGCCAAGAAGGACCCGGCCACCAGGGCUGCGCCUCCCUACAAGGCCUCUACAGCGUUGAUGCCCCGAGCCGUCUCUGACGAAAGCGGCGUGAGCUUUGGUAAAUUCGGCAAGAAGGCCUACGUGUAGAGCCCUGGCCGCCCCUUCUCCUGCCCCAGGCCCAGCCUGGCUACGGAGCUAGCACAGGCCGGGUCGCGCCCCGACAAGCUCAGCACUCCAGCCGCUCCCGGACAGAAGCGCGGGCCGGGGGAGGCUCCUGAAACCCGCGCGCCAAUGAAUGUACACUGUGAUUGCCCACUAGAGGGUCGCCUCAAACCUCACCUCAGAUCUGCCCCCGUGGGGCCGUCUCCUCUCCUGAAGUCGAGUGCCUGGGGGUGUUUGCUACCCAAGCAAGGGGCCUGAGUUCCCAUCCCCAGCCCCGUGUCAGAGCGGGACACACACACACACACACACACACACACACACACACACACUCCUGCUGCCCGCACACUCGCUCAAGGUGCGACCCUGUCUCCUGGGAAUACGGUGGAGAGUGAUGGAGCGAAAGCCCUCCCCACCUCUGCAGGCACACAGACUGCGCACACGCACACGCACACUCUCAACAAAAGGUGUGGCAAGUGAUUUGAGGAGGGGACAGCUCGGGACGCUUGGGCUCAGCACCCUCAGGAAAUUAGAGUGGCCCCGUCCCGCCAGGAGCCCUCGGAGGACGAGGGGCUCUGUGUCCUCACGGCGGUGGGGGCAGUUAUCUAGGGCGGGCGUGUGCGUGCAGAGGAGAUUUGGGGUUUAAUAAAGAUCUCUUGAAAGGUGCAUCCUA